AUGUUUUCAGAUGUUCGUACUCAGGCUAAUUACCAGUUGAUGGGUCGUCAUUUUGUUGGUCUCAUUUUCUCUUGUUUUGAAGAAAUUGAUAAAGCUGAUGUAUGGUCGCUAGGUAUCACAGCUAUUGAACUAGCACAAGGCCAGCCUCCUCAUGCUGAUCUUCAUCCCAUGAGAGUUUUAUUCCUAAUACCGAAACCAGAGCUCCUCGGGAAUUAUUCUAAAAGUUUUAAAGAGUUCAUCGCCCUCUGCUUGAAUAAAGACCCAAAAAACAGACCUAGUGCUCGUGAGUUGUUACGUCACAAGUUCAUAAAACACGCUAAGAAGACCUCCUGUCUGGUUGACCUGAUCGACCGGUACAAGAGGUGGAAGGCAUCAGGAGAGAACAGUGACUCAGACUCUGAAGACACCAGCAGAUCAAAGGUACACAGAGGUGAUGAUGAAGCCACUGAUCCUCCUGAUUGGAAGUUUGAUACAGUAAGAGAGACCUCAGCUUCAGAGGCUCCUAGACUCUUCAAUAAAGAGGAGACCAGUCCAGUUCCAGUACCAGUACCAACUCCUCCUGCUCCUGUUAGUAAUGGACCUAUUAAUGGAUUAUCAACCAAUCUCACUAGCAACUUAAAAUCUGAAGGGUUUGAAGGAGGAGGAUCUGGUAAUAGUCCAGAGAGAGAAGUGUCCUCUCCUGACAGAUGGAGUAACCUGGCCAUUGAAGAACUGGAGAGGGCCUUUGAACUACUGGAGUCAUCUAAUCCUGGGUUUAGUGAAAUAUUUAUUAAGUGUCUAGUAACACAACUUCAAAGAAGGUCAAUGUGA